UCACCCAUGAGGUUGCCCUCAUCCAAGACCAAUAAAGCUAAUUGACUCAACUUGACUUGUUAAAGAUUGCAGUUAAAGAAGAAGAAGAAGAAGAGCUCAAGGUUACCUCCGAAUUGUUAAUAAAAGAAGAAAAAAGAAGAAGAAGAGCUCAAGGUCUUCAACCAUGGCGGACAGACGUCGUCAGCCCUACAAACCUAGAAGAAACGAUUCUUCUUCAUCCUAUUCGUCACACUCCGAUUCCAUCCAAUCCAAUAUUCCAAAAGCUUCUAAUCAAAUUCCCAACAGCUCCAGGAUCAGCCCCUCCUAUAAAAGCACCACCUCCAGUUCGAAAACUGAUGAUUUUAGCAACAGGCUUGACAGUAAUCAUUAUGGUGAUGACGAUCGAGAUCCCCCAAACCUAAUCGGGGCUUGCCCUUUCAUGUGCCCAGUGGAGGAGAGAGAAAGACGCGAGAGGUUGAGGGAUUUAGCUGUGUUUGAAAGGCUCCAUGGCAAUCCUGCUAAAACUUCACCUACUCUAGCUGUGAAAAAGUUCUGCAGAACUAUAAGCUCGAAAGACAUUAAAGCUUCUGAUGUGCGGCCUGUACCGGUGUUGGAGGACACUCUAAAUUAUCUUCUCGACCUGCUGUGUUCCAGUGGUCGUCCUUUUGAUGUGGUCCAUGACUUCAUUUUUGAUAGGACGAGGUCCAUCAGGCAAGAUCUUAGCAUGCAGAACAUUGUCACUGACCAAGUGAUAUGCAUGUACGAGAGAAUGGUCAAGUUUCACAUUAUAUCAUAUCACCAUCUUCACAGAUCAUCUCGGACUCCAAAUACCGCUUCUAUGUUCCACCUCAACCUGGAGCAGCUUAUGAAAGUUAUGACAACUUUAUUUAGCUUGUACGAUGUAAAUCGAGCUGCACAUUCCAUGUCCCCAAAUGAAUCUGAAUUUUUUUCAUUAUAUCUUCUUCUCCAUCUGGGUCCUGACAACCAAGUCGAACCUUUAUCCCUGUGGUUUCGUCGCAUUCCUUCACCAGUAAUGGAGUCAAGAGCAAUGCGUUUUGCCCGGAGAAUAUUAAGAUAUUACCGACUAGGGAAUUACAAGCGAUUCAUUUGUACUACAGAAGAGGAAGCAUCCUAUCUCCAAUAUUGCAUUAUUGAACCUUAUGUCAAUGAGGUACGGAUGUUGGCAUUAUGCUGCAUCAGUUAUGGAGGAUACAAGCUGCAACCAUACCCACUCCAACACUUAUCAAAGCUUCUGAUGAUGAAGGAGUCAGAUGUUGAAGCCCUUUCUGUUGAUUGUGCCCUUGAAACAUCUAAUGAUGGAACUGGAAAAGGACUUGUAUCCUCCAAGCAAGCUGUCAUAAAUAAAACCUCAAAAGAGCACCACAAGUACUAUGAAUUAGUUUCAUCAAGAAUAGAAAGGAUAUGUGCGGAGGUGCCUGCUUUGUAACAAUCGCAAGUAUAAUUGGCUUCCUCAUUCGGAUUCUUUGAAUGGCGCCAUUGAAUCACUACUCACUAGCAACGAAGCUCUUUAGUCUUCUCAGGUUUCAAGAUUGCAGCAAGCUAGCCAUUUGCUCCUCAACGGUGGAUAAAAGCCUCGAUUGACAUCCAAUGGUACGAAUGAAAUAGAGCCUUGGAGGUUGGCUGUUUUUCUAGUAUCUGCAUCAUGCAAAACCCUCUGUAGGAAUAGCCAUUUCCUGGACUGCUUUUCUGCAGGCUUGAUCGUGUAUUGCUGUUUGUUUUCUUAAAUCAAAGUUUAGCUAUUUGCUUAGAAAUUAGAAUGUAGGUGAAGCGAGUGGCUGGGAUUAAGGGUGAUCCAAUCGAAUAGAGUUGAAUGUCAUGAUUUUGUAUUUAUAUUUGUAUUAGUACUAAUCAAAUUGAAACAUUGUAUUUGAAUUCAAAUGAUAUCAAAAUUUGAAAACCAAAUUGAAUUUGAA